CAUAUGUAAAGCCUCCAUCACCAUAAUGGGCCCAUGUAUGAUUCUGUUUUAAAAGGCCCAUACAACACUGACCACAUUUUUUAAAUCCUCUAUAUAAAUACACAUCUCUCACAAAGCUUUAUUUUACUUUUGUUUUGUAGAUAAGAACCAAACCACCGAACUAAACAGUAAACACACAAUUUUGAAAUUCCCAAAGCCAAAUUCAAUUCAAUGCCUCUUCUUCUCCUUACCUCUUUCUUUAAAUCUACCGCCACCGUCGUAAUCGCCGGCGUUUUAUCCAUCGCGGCGGCGGUGAUUUUCACGGUUCCUCCAGUUUCGCAUUUCGUGGUUUCUUCUUUUCCGAUCGUAUACGAUAACACUGUCUUCCUCUUGAAACCACCGUACCUUUACUUAGUUAUCAACUGUAUCAUCGUUUCCAUCGUCGCUACUUCUAAGCUCACUCAUUAUAAAUCAUCCUCCUCCUCCGUAGAUGAGAUUUUGGAAGUUGUGACGCCGGUGGUACUGGUACCGGUUCAGGUACUACCUUCUAGUUCUGAUAUCGAUACCGGUUAUUUAAACGUGGUUGAUCAUGUUGUUUCUGGUUAUACCGGAUUUGUUGAGAAAACCGAUGAUGAUGCCCCGGUUAAUCAGACGGUUGGAGAAGAUAAUCUGAAGUUUCCAGAAGUCGUUCGUGAGAUUCAGCAUACGGAGAUGUCAAAACCGAGUAGUGACUCCCCGGAACCGGAGCCGGAGAAGGUAAAACCAAAGAAUGUUUCGCCGUCGGAGGUUUCGAUUCCGAAGCAUAGUACGAGAAAACCGCCGAGAUUUAACCAGCAAAAACCGAUUAAAUCUGGUUCUGAAGGUGGGAAUAAAAAGUCAGCAGCGGCGUUGGGAGUGACAAAGCCACUGAAGAGGGAAGACACGCUGGAGACGACGUGGAAGAAGAUAACGGAAGGACGUUCGACGCCGUUAACGAAGCACCUGACUAAAUCCGACACGUGGCAAGAAAGAGGUCACGCGCCAAAACAAAGCUCACCAGAGGAGGAGAAUAAGAAGAAGAAGAAGAAGGAGAAGAUGACCAAGUCCGAUAAUUUAAACGACGUGAAUGAGGAGAAGACGGUGUUGUUGAAACGUGAGCCGUCGCCGGGGCAGGAGGAGCUGAAUCGGCGUGUUGAAGCGUUUAUCAAGAAGUUUAACGAAGAGAUGAGAUUGCAAAGACUAGAAUCUUUGGCUAAAUACAACGAAAUGGUAAAUGGAGGGACUCGUUUGUAAAUUUUCUCUUUUUUUUUUUUUUUUUUUUUUUUUUUGGUUUAGCUGUCGUCGGUGAAGGAGAAAAUGACGGUACGGUACAGUCGCAAAAGUUGACUUGACUUGCUUUUUUAGGGGUUUAUGAUUUUCGUCGAGGGAACAAAAUUUUCAAAAAUAAUGCAAAAGAUGUGUUAUUUAUGUGAUUGUUAAUGUUUCUUGGCGUCGAAAAUGAAAUGUGAACAGUAGUGACUAGUGUAGUGAUCGAAUCUAUUGUUUUUCUAAUCAUUGUAAUAUUACAUUAUACACAAUACUUUAUAUACUUAAUGUUUUUUUU